AGUCGGAGCACAGCACCGAGAGGUCCUGGAAUCUUCCAAACUCCCCUCAUGUCUCAGACAGUCAGCAAAGCGGAUCUGAAAGAAUCGUUAGAAGAGGGUCCAGAGACCGGUCCUGACAAUGGAGCCCAACAGGAGCAGAUGCCUCGGAAAUAUAUUUUUCUCACCAUAUUCUCUUGUUUCUGUCCAUCUUAUCCCAUCAACAUCGUGGCGUUCGUCUUUUCAAUGAUGGCUCUACGCAGCUACAAUGAGGGUGAUAUUGAUGGAGCCAAAAAACUGGCACACAUUGCGGUGUUGGUUGCCAUAGCAGCCAUUAUUAUUGGAUUAUUAAUUAUCGCAAUCUCUUGCGUCGUUCACUUCACUGUGCAGCAGUGAUCGAGCAAACCAAGGAAAAUUAACUGAUUUGGAAAAUCACCAGCAACAACCUGAGAGAUGAAGGAGGAGGAUUUUUUUAGUCUUAAAACCAGUUACGUCCUUUCAUCAGGGAAGAGAAAAGUGAAAGAAUUUCAAACCUUUAUGCUAUCAGGAAGCUCAUGAAAGACUUCUCCAUCAAACCUGGCAGCUGGAUAACACAGAAAUACCUGAGCAGCGAUAACAAUUCCGGAAGUUAU